ACGAUUUGUUUUGAAAACAGCCAGCACCUGCGCUAUCUAUAGCUCAGAGGACGACGUGUUUUUCGCUUUCCGAACCGAUCAGCUGAGGAGAAUCCCGUGCGACAACCACGCAGGAUGUUACGCAGGACGAACCGGAUCUCGGCCAUCCUUUCGUCCGUCCGGUACCACCACCACCGGAGAGGAGUCAGCACCUGGUCACCGUUAACGACGGCGUUCAACACACGGCCCGAAAAGCGGAUCAACUUCACGCGUAACGAAGUGGGUUUGUUUGGCGUGCCCGAGCUCACGUCCUAUGAAGGAUUCUAUGCGCUCAAGGAGAAAGCAAUCUUCAAAACGGAUGAUCUGAUCGAGGAAGCGACAUCCGCUACGCGGACACGGAAGAUGGUCACCAUCUUCGACGAGCUAUCCGAUACGCUGUGUAAGGUGGCCGAUCUGGCCGAAUUUAUCCGGUUGGCCCAUCCGGUACCGAACUUUUGCCAUGCGGCCGAGGACGCCUGCAUCUCGAUUAGCGGUAUCGUGGAGAAGCUGAACACCCACAAACCGCUGUACCGUGCGUUGAAAGCGGUCGUGGAGGGAGGUGACCGGAUGGAGACGACCGACGUCGACAAACAUGUGGCCAGUCUGUUUCUGUUCGAUUUCGAACAGUGUGGUAUCCACCUGAAGGAAUCCGACCGGCAGCGGGUGGUGUAUCUGAAUGAUUGCAUUCUGCAGCUUGGCCAACGGUUCAUGGCCGGUGCGGUACACCCGCGAAGCAUCUCCAAGAAUGUGCUUCCCGAAGCCAUCAGACACUUCUUCUCCGCGGACGGUGAUAACAUUCUUGUGUCGGGAUUGUACGCCGAUUCGGCCAACAGUAUGGCCCGUGAAGCCGCCUAUCGGCUGUUCCUGUAUCCGGAUGCGCAGCAGGAGCAUCUACUGUCGGAGCUGCUGAAGGCACGGUUGCAGCUAGCGACGGUUUGCGGCUUCCCUACGUACGCUCACCGUGCCCUGAAGGCCAGCACGAUGGAAACACCGGAGAUGGUGAGCGAGUUCCUGCAGACACUCAACGAACAGCUCCGUCCACGGGCCGAGAAGGAUUUCGCUGUGAUGCGCAAAAUGAAGGCCGCGGAGUGUGGGUCCAACAUGCCACUGGCAGCCUGGGACACACCGUACUUUACCUCUUCACUCAAGCGCACCUACCUGCAGGCCAGUGCUUCGGAGUACUCGCCGUACUUUAGCCUUGGCGCUUGUAUGGAGGGGUUGAACUUGCUGAUGAACUCACUGUACGGGAUUACGCUGCAGAACACGGAAAUGGCACCGGGUGAAUCGUGGUCGCACGAUAUCUACAAGCUCGCGGUCACACACGAGACGGAAGGGCUGCUCGGGUACAUCUAUUGCGAUCUGUUCGAGCGGCAAGGCAAACCGAACCAAGAUUGCCACUUUACGAUACAGGGCGGAAAGGUGAUGGACGGUGAUCGAUACCAGAAUCCGAUCGUGGUGGUGAUGCUGAACCUUGCGCAACCACGCUGGUCCGGUCCGACGUUGCUCACUCCGUCCAUGGUGGACAAUCUGUUCCACGAGAUGGGUCAUGCUAUGCACUCGAUGCUGGCGCGUACCGAGUACCAGCACGUUACCGGUACCCGUUGUAGUACGGACUUUGCCGAGGUACCGUCGGUGCUGAUGGAAUACUUUGCCAGCGAUCCACGCGUACUGCGAUCGUUCGCAAAACACUUCCAAACGCAGGAACCCAUGCCUGAGGCGAUGCUUGAACGGUUGUGCGCCUCGAAGAACGUGUUCGCGGCAAGUGAAACUCAGCUGCAAGUGUUCUAUUCGGCGCUCGAUCAAAUCUACCACGGACCGGCCAGUGAAUGGAGGGAGAAUGACGCGAGCACCACCGAGACGCUGAAGAAAGUACAGCAACAGUACUAUGGGCUACCGUACGUGGAGAACACGGCCUGGCAGUUGCGGUUUUCCCAUCUCGUCGGUUACGGUGCCAAGUACUACUCGUAUCUGAUUUCGCGCGCCAUCGCAUCGUGGAUCUGGCAGACGUACUUCGAGCGUGAUCCGUUUAGCCGCACGCAGGGUGAAAAGUAUCGGCGCGGUUGCCUGGCGUACGGUGGCGGUAUUCCGAGCCGCCUGCUCGUUUCGAACUUCCUGGGGCGCGAGGUGACCGCCACCAACUUGACCAACAGUUUGAUCAAUGAAAUCGAUACGUUUAGCGAACGGUUGCAGCCGCCUCCCGGUAGCAGUCUACGUUGAGAAACUGGAGCACACGCUCUCUGGUCGUGUAUAGUAUCGUUUGCCUCUCCUGCCGGGCGAGGGUGUGUAUUCUUUUGUGAUAUAUCAAACAGUAGGCCGUGUGGUAGUGUAGCUGCAACCCGCGCAAUCCCGAUGUGCACCGAAAUAUGACUUAAAUAAAGUAAGCGAUAAAGCAAAACUUCUCAGUA